AUGAAACUCAGAAGUGGGAUACGGCUCAGUACCCCUCAAGGGAUUCGGCUUAUUACCCCUCAAGGACAGAAAUCGAGUGUGGGAAGUAAGAUUAGUUCGGUUUCGCGUGAAUUAAAUUCGGUGCGGAAAAUCGACGCUAUGGAUCGGGCAUCUUUAGACACCAUGUCAAUCGAUGAGUUGCAAGAGGAAGCACAGAAGUACCAUUUGCCUUUGAGUGAGGAUCCGAAGGUACUUAUAGAUACGAUCAUGUCGUAUCAUGAGGCAGCGAACUCAGGAGCAAGAAGUCGGCAAGCGACUUCCACUGCGCAAAAAGUAAGCGACUCCAGUUCUAAGUCAGCUAAGCCCGCUGUUACCAGGCAAAUUACAACGGACGCGACAUCCUUAGUGAGUGCAAUCUCAGGACCACUGCGGGAUAUGCAGCGGCAAAUCUUGGAAUCUCAGCAACAGCAACAGGAGCUGCUCCAGCAGAUGCUCGCAGUCAUGACGAGUCGGAGCGUAGUAAGGGAAACGGUCGUAGAAGAACGACCGGUGCCGGAGGCACGAUCCCCAGAGAGCCGUGCUUCAUCUGGAGGAACCACGGUUGCAUCAAUGCCGUAUUCGCACUCAAUUAAUUUGCUGGCAUCUCAAAUCCCUGAAUACGGUGGCCAAGAAAAUGAGAACGUCGAGCUCUGGAUUCGACGAAUAGAACAGGUAGCACGAAUGCAUCGAGUUCCCGAUGAUGUAAUCUUGCUAGCGGCAUCUUCAAGGUUAGUGAAAUUAGCCAAGCGGUGGUAUGACCUAGGCUUUGGACCUAUGAUUGAGUCGUGGAACGGCUUUAAGAAAGCAGUCACUAGACGCUUCCAAAGGAAGAUUCUUUACCACGUAGCUUUACAGAAAGUGGAAGCACGUCGGUGGAAUGCUGUGAAAGAGUCUUUCAUGGAAUAUGCCAUGGAGAAGUUAACCCUCAUGCAUAAUUUAAACUUAGCAGAAGAUAGCGCAAUACAUCUUCUCAUAAGCGGCAUUGGAAAUAGAGCGCUUAGAGAGAUCGCUAUUUCUUUGAAUCACGAAACGGUUGAUUCGUUUCUGGAAGCCAUGCGACGGGUAGCCUCCGUGUCAAUGGAAGCCGAUAAGAGACUCCCCGGUGGUUGGAAGGGAGCCAAGGCGAAAGAAGCAACGACGGAGAAGGCGAACCAGUCGUCCAAGACGCCGGACAAGGACGAGAUUACCUGCCAUUACUGCAAGAAGACAGGACACGUCAGAGCGAAUUGCUACAAGCUGCAGCGGAAGGAGCAAGCGCAGUCGUCAUCAGUCAAGGCAUCAUCUACAGGGAAUCUGCCGUCAACGACCCCCGUAGCAGCCGUAGAGGUAACGGAGGAAGACACCACGAUUGCCCUUGUACAACCUGAAACCGGUAGGAACAUUCAAAUCGAAAGUUUGUCAGUAGAGGUUAACGCCAUAAACAAUAGCAAAUGUCAUUUGAAGGCAUUGAUAGACACGGGUAGCCCGGUCUCCUUUGUGAAAUCAUUUGUAUACGAUAGUUUUUUCGCGCCAGACGAAAGGUCACUUGAGAAACCGCGUUGUACUUACCGAGCGUUAAAUAAUGUCCCGGUAGAAAUCCGAGGAACGUUGAAAACGGAUAUCUGUCUCGAGCAAUUACCGUCACAAGUAUUCGAAAUAAAUUUACAUGUUUUACGAGAGGAUACUCUCGUCACUGAUUUUAUUAUUGGACGCGAUUUUCUAAACGCGCACAAGAUUACCGCGACGUAUAGCCCGCCAGAAAACGAUCAAAGCGCGCGAGAAUUUCCGGUGGCGUUGCUAAGGUUAUUAGCGGUAGUAGAGGAGGACACUCCCGAGGGAGCCCCUCUCGACAUUGAAACAGAUUUCGGCAUAGAAACCACCAAUAAGGUGCAAGAAUUGUUAGUGGAGGUCGAGAAAACCCCCGUAAAUGUAAUCGACGAUAAUUACUCUGUAAAAGUGUGUCUCAAGGACCACACACAUUUUACGUAUGCACCGCGACGUUUUGCAUAUAGCGAAAGACUAGAAAUAAGGAAAAUAAUUCAGGAUCUUCUGGACCGCGGUAUAAUUCGGAAAAGUACGUCUCCGUACUGUGCACGCGUAGUACCUGUACGGAAGAAGGACGGUCGGAUGCGUCUAUGCGUGGACCUACGACCCCUUAACGAAAGAGUAUUGAAACAGCAUUUUCCUUUUCCUGUGAUUGAGGAUUGCAUUGCGCUGUUAGGAGAUAAAAAGGUAUUUUCCUUGCUCGAUCUUCGGAAUGGUUUCCACCAAAUACAGGUGGACGAAGAUCACGCAAAGUAUUUCUCAUUUGGAACCCCGGAUGGGCAAUAUGAAUAUGUUCGUUUACCCUUUGGAUUUUGUGAAUCACCUGCCGAGUUUCAAAAACGUAUAGUAAAUAUUUUACAGUCUUUCAUUGACGAAGACAAAGUUAUCGUAUAUAUAGACGAUAUAAUGAUAGCGUCGAAAUCAAUUGACGAAAAUUUAAGUACACUAAAAGAAGUUCUGCUUACUUUGAAAAGUUAUAAUUUUGAAUUGAAUUUAGCUAAAUGCAAAUUCCUCAAGCGCAAAAUCGAAUAUUUGGGGUACAUUGUGUCGCAUAAUAGUAUUUCGAUUGGCGCGCGCCACGUAAAGGCCAUAGAAGAGUUUCCCCGGCCACGAAAUGUAAAAGAAGUCCAACGGUUUUUGGGAUUAAUGAACUUUUUCCGAAAAUUCAUUAAGGAUUUUGCCGUCAAGUCAAAACCGCUCCGCAAUCUCACGAGAAAAGCAGUAGUUUUCAAUUUUGAUAGCGAUUGCGCAGAAGCUUUCGAAAAAAUGAAAAAAGAAUUGACCUCACGACCAAUUUUAAGCAUCUAUAAUCCGCACGCCGAGACCCAACUCCAUACGGACGCAAGUCGGAAUGGACUCGGUGCGAUUUUAUUUCAGAAACAGGCUUCAGGGGAAAUGAAACCGAUAGCAUAUUUCAGUCAAGCCUUAAAUCAGGCGGAGAGAAACUAUCAUAGCUUCGAAUUGGAAAUGCUCGCGAUCGUACGGUCAAUAGAAAGAUUUCACAUUUAUCUUCACGGUAUUCUCUUUACGGUUAUCACAGAUUGUAACGCGCUAGUGCACGCGGUAAAUAAGGUAAGUUUAAACCCAAGAAUCGCUCGAUGGACUCUAUCGUUACAGAACUAUAAUUUUAAACUGACACAUCGAGCCGGCGAUAAAAUGGUUCAUGUAGACGCUUUAAGUCGCGCAAUAAACUACAUAGGCUCGCUAUCUCUCGAACGAGAAUUAGAAAUUAAGCAAUUGUGCGACCCUGUAUUCAAGGUCAUAGCGCACGAUCUUGAAUACAAGGAAGAUAAAAAGUUUAAAUUAAUUGAUGGGUUAGUUUAUCGGAAAGAUAAUGACCGGUCACGUUUCGCAGUACCCGAAUCAAUGGUUACCAAUAUAAUAAGAGUAUAUCAUGACGAAUCAGCUCAUUGUGGAAUCGAGAAAACCCUUCAAGGGGUAUCGGGUACCUAUUGGUUUCCAUCGAUGAGGAGAAGAAUUGUCGAUCACAUUGACAAUUGCAUUACAUGCGUCAUAGUGAAUUCGUCGUCGCACGCACGCGAAGGCGAGAUGCAAGCAGUCCCGACAAUCAAUGAGUCAUUUAAGGUCUUACAUUUAGAUCAUUUCGGCCCACUUCAGCAAACUAAAGAAGGCUUCAAGUUCAUUCUGGUGAUCGUAGACGCAUUUACGCGCUUUACGUGGCUUUUCCCCACGAAAUCUACGAGCACAAAAGAAAUAGUUACGAGCCUCAAGUUCUUAUUUACUAGCUUUGGACCAAGCAAAGAAGUUGUGACAGAUAGAGGAACUGCUUUCACCUCGAACGAAUUUCGCGAUUUCACUAAGAAAAGUAUUCGUUCUGAGGCAGUACAAAAACGUUUAUUUCUUGAGGAUGACAACCUAACCUUGGAUAUGGCUGUCAAGAUUGCUACUAGUCAAAAAGCAGCCGAUAGUAGUACCCAGUUAAUACGGCACAAUAGUAGUCUUACUGUCGUUACAGAUCAGACUAACAAGAUUAAAUCAUGA